AUGGGAUCCACAGUGCUGAAGCAAACAGGACCUAUUUCCCAGUUGAUGCUGGUGGCUAUAACUGAUGCAGAAAUGUCCUUAUCCGCCACACAGCAGCUGAAGGUUCCUUGGACUCAGACCAAAGCACAGCUUCAGGCGGAACGGAGUCAAGGAAGUUCCUUUGCGGCAUUAGGAAGGAUUCAUUUCUCACCUCUUAAUAAUGACUUCACCAGCGAAGAUCCGGAUUCGUUGGUCAAUCAGACGGGAACUACGAUCCACCAGCACAGCAAGUUCACCUUCACGACAUUGGAGAGCAUCCGAAAGGGCGAGAACCAUCGCCUGAACGUCAUCAUAGCAAACCUGGGCCUCACUCAACCAACACUUGAGUCAGGAUUUGGGUCCGAGGUCCUCUGCCACGACAACUGCACGUGUGAUAGCAACUACCCCUAUCGGACAGCAGACGGUCACUGCAACAACCUAGAACAUCACUCGUGGGGUAUGGCGUCCAUACCGACGAGGCGUUGGCUUUAUCCUGCAUAUGACGAUGGUACGUGCUCUGAUCGUAAUGCCUUUCUCUUCGUGUGUCCACACCGAGACAACUGGCAUCAUCAGGAGCCCCAAAUCAAGUCCAGUGCUCGGACGGUCAGCACGACUGUCCACACCCCGUCAAUUGAAGCUGACCUCCACGUCAACUACACCCACAUGCUGAUGCAGUGGGGUCAGUUCCUGGAUCACGACAUCACCAGCACACCCACUCAACAGCUCACACAGCCAGCAACUCCUGUGGAACAGCUGAACCAGAUCACAGCCUACAUCGAUGCCUCACAGGUGUACGGGUCGUCACAAGAAGAACAAAACAAACUGCGGACUUUUGUUGAGGGUUUAUUGAACGUAAGCAGUGUCGUCAGUACUGUGCGCGAACUGCUUCCAGAAGACACCGCCAACCCUGACAGUUGCAGCCAACAAGUCCCGUCGGAUUUUUGUUUUCUUGCAGGUGACCACCGUGUAAAUGAGAACCCCACUCUACAGAGCAUGCACACCAUCUUCAUGAGGGAACACAACCGUAUUGCAAGGAGACUGAAGCAACUGAACUGUCACUGGGGGGAUGAAAGAAUCUUCCAGGAAGCCAGAAAAAUAGUUGGAGCUAUUCUGCAGGAAAUCACAUACGACGAAUACCUACCAAUCAUCCUUGGCCCAGCAACCAUGAAUGACUAUGGACUGACUCUUGGCUGUGGCACGGCGUAUGCUAAUGUCUAUAGCACAACAACAGACGCCAGCAUCAGGAACGCCUUUGCAGCAGCAGUCUUCAGAAUGGGACACUCCAUGAUCCGAAGCUUCAUGAGCAGUUUCAACGAGGUGCAUGCCAAUGUUGGCCAAGACAGACUUAGUGAUACUUUCGGAAACACCAACCUGAUACUGAGUGCAACAAACAGACACGUUGGCCAUUACUGCAGAGGUCUGGUCGAGGACUGCGUCCAGUCAGUGGACAGCAAACUGUCACAGGAGGUGACCGACCAUCUCUUCCCUGAUGAUGAUGGAAAUAGUCUUGAUCUGGCCGCUCUCAACAUUCAGAGAGGAAGGGACCAUGGUCUGCCUCCCUACACUCACUGGAGGCGUUUUUGUGGUGUUCCUGAUGUGACCUCUAUCGCAGAUCUUGUAUCGACGCACACUGCAGCGUCUGUUUCACAACUUGCGACUGUAUAUGCAGAUGUGAACGACAUUGACCUGUUCACUGGAGGACUGUCAGAGAUGCCAGUAGCAGGUGGACUUGUUGGACCGACCUUUGCUUGUCUGCUGGGAAAACAGUUCGAGGCUCUCAAGAAAGGAGACCGAUUUUGGCAUGAGGAAGACAACGACUUCGUGAAAUUUACCCCAGCUCAGCUGGAGCAGAUCAGGAAAUCGAGCCUGUCCCGUGUCGUGUGUGACAACACAAACACAAACAACAUACAAUCAAACGCAUUUGUCAAGGAUUCAGCGGUCUCGUGUAGUUCUCUUGGUGAAAUUGACCUGACUCCAUGGAAGGAGGUCCAAGGCACAUGGUCGGAUUGGACUUCCUGGGGACCAUGCAGUGGUGGUAUCCAAAGACGCAGCCGCAUAUGUGGCCCUUGUAACUGUGGCUGUGAAGGCCCCAACGUAGACUUCAGGUUGUGCACGGCUGUUGUGGACGGAUACACUGUGGCAGAGCGUCAGAGAGUAGAGUAUAUUACUUCUCAGGCCGGGGGUCAGAAGGUUCUCUUUGGAGACUUCAGAUAUCGUCUGAAUAACCGUCGCCAAACUGCCACACACUGGAAAUGCAUCAUUUCCAACUGUAAAGGUCGCCUUACCACAAGACUUAAGAACCACUUGUUAGAAGGUCCGAAAACCAAACUACAGUUCCUUGAUGCUGCAAGCCACCUCCUCAAGCUCAAUCUUUAA